AAUAAACGAUAUUUUUGCAAUGAUUAGUUUUGCAGACAGUUUUGUGGGCUUAUUAGUUUCUGCACGGUAAUAAAAACGUGUUCAGAAACAAAAGUUGUCAUUACCUACCUAUAUACAUAAACUAAUAAACAAUAACUAAUGCAAACAUUACCCACACAAUAAACGCAAGUAGAUAAAAGAUGUCGAGAUAACACUGUAUGAGUUAAUUCCGAAAGACACUGACACAAUGUUAGUCAGUGAUUGCGAUUACUAUUAAAAUUCUAAUUAUAUGUGUUAAUAGUUUCCGAUUAAUUAAAAUAAGUUAAUACAUAUUUUUGCAAUAUGACACCUGCUAUUGUUUGUGAUAUUUUAGUGAUUAUGUGUUUUGUGCACUCUGUUUUAGCUACCAAUAACAUAAAUAAUAAUCUACAGCAAAUAGAUUUUGGCUUGGAGGAAGAACAGGAUUUUCCUUAUCAAGUAUCCGUCCAUUUGAAUUAUAACAACCAAUUUGUUUGUGGAGCAGUAGUAAUCGCUGAAGAUCAAGUACUUACUUUGGCGCAUUGUCUUUAUUACGAUUGGGGAGGUCUUUUACCGCCUAUAAUAAUAUCUGUUAAUAGCGGCGGAAAAAUGUUAAAUACUGAAGAGUAUGAAUCUUUUUCUGUAUCUGAUAUAAGAUUUCAUAAAGAGUUCAACACAUCUGAGAUGAAAUAUGAUUUAGCCGUGUUAGAUAUACCAGUUAAGUUGAUGUCAAAAAACUCACCCAUCAUUCCCAUAGGAUUACAAAGUGAUUCGAUGCCUUCCAGGUACGACAACUGUAUAGCUAUUGGAUGGAAUAACGUUUCUGCUAAUCAGGAGGUAAUAGAUGUGAUUUUGACUGAUUGUAAUAUUGAAACGUCUACAAAAAUGUGCGCAAAACAUAAGGCGCAAAAUGAAACUUUAUGUAACAUGGUUCCUGGCAGUUUGUUGGUAUGCAGUUCUACACUUGUAGGUAUUAUGUCCGUAGUCCCGGAAUGUGAUUCCACCAACCAAAUAUCUCUUUUUGAGAGUGCUAGACAUGCUAAAGAUUUAUUGAUAUCGUCCGCUGCAUCUGUAGCCGUAGGGUUUCCAUCAAUACUAAUAUGGAUUUACAGUAUUCUUACAAUACUUAUAAAUACUUUUAUACGAUGAAUGUUUAAAUCAAUUUAAAUACUAUGUACCUAAUAUAAAUAAUAAAUGCUGUGAAUGCUU